AUGUUGCCUGCACUGGAAUUGGGAAAAUGGCGGGCUGAGGCCUACACCCUCGACUAUUAUGCACAUGCCCAAUUCUUAUAUGCUAGAACCAAACUAAACAUCUAUGUGUCCAUCAAAUUCCCCAUUUCCUCUAUCAGCAAGCCUUUUCAUCUCUACAAAAUUCUUUCACUCCCUGUACCUGUCAAUCAAACAUCCUCUCACUCUACUCAGCUUCUGGAUCUCCCAUCAUAUUUUGCUAUCUCAUUUGAUUCUCAGCACUAUGCUACACUUGAAACUUCUCAGUUAUCAUCUUGCACAGGUCGGUCACUUCUUCACUGUCCCUUUCGCUUUCCUCUUCAAGCUUCGAACAAUCCAUCGUGUGAAAUUGCUCUCUUCCAAGAUAGAAGAAGUGAUAUCAAAUCCAUGUGCAAUUUUAGAUACAUAACCCAGCCACAACCAUCUCAACUUAUUGCCGUUGAUUCUUCCCAUGUCCUGGUCUACCAAAUACCCUUUCUCUCGCUAACAUGCCCAGGUCAUCGUCGUAUGGUACCUGGCUGUACCUUCUGUGUUCUGGGCACUCCCUGUUCUUGUACGCUUUCCACGGAAACACUCUAUUAUCCUGCAGCCUUUGGCACCUGUCACAACACAUCUGAAAAGCUGACACGUUUGCACCCUGUGAACCUUGCUCUCCUACAGCAUUUCUUUGAUCCUUCAACCCUUGCUACCAUUGCAGGUGACACUAAUUUCAAGAAGGCCAUCCAAAUUCAAAUUCCGGAUUUUCAUAUCUACUCCCACAAAAGUUCCAAAAUACUUGCUCAAGAUAAGAAUACCCAUUUAAGUCUCAGACGAAUUGCUGAGCGGGCCAAAAAUGAUCAGACCAUCUUCCAGAAUCUAGCGGAACCCCUCCUAGAUGGUCAGAUUGCUGUCCCUAGCUCCUGGCCCGACACAAAUACGAUUAUUGUCCUCAUCAGCACCAGUAUAUCGGUCCUCUCUAUCUGUUUGGUCAUCUGGAUGUUCUUCAAACUACGCACUCUCUCGGCAGCACUUGUUUUAAUAUCCCACGCUGCUCCUGUCAAAUCUGCUUUACUUCCAAACUUUAACUACGAUGCCUACACAUCUACUACCAUUAAUCCUUCUGAUCUUGUUAAAUAA